AUGUUCACACAGCGCGGUGCUUCAUUACUUCAUGCAGUGAAUCACCAUGAGUCAUGAGCCGGCUAUGAAUGAGCUCAGCCUGUGUCGCUGAACGCAGGAAGAAACUGUUCACGGGUCAGUUUGAUCUCCAGCAGGAUGAAGACGCUGCACGCCGUCCUCCACCUGAGUCUGCUGCUGUCCACGCUGUCAGCCCAGCAGGUGGAUGAACCCGUCUCCUACUCUUGUACGGAGGGCUACCAGUUCAACGUGGAAGAACAAGAAUGUAAAGACAUCAACGAGUGCGAGACGUUGCCGGACGCCUGUAAAGGAAGGAUGAGUUGCAUCAACCACUACGGCGGAUACUUCUGUCUGCCGCAGAACGCCCAGAUCAUCAUCAGCAAUGGAGGAGAGCAACCUGCUGCCACCACCAGACCCCCCCCUCCACUCUUCCCCAGUCACCACGGCAACCACCAGACCACCGGACACCAGGCCAGGACGUCCUCCGUCCAGUGUCCAGUCGGAUUCACCGCAGACGAGUUCAACUUCUGCAGAGAUGUGAACGAGUGUGUUCCCAGCAGCCCCUGCCAACAUCUGUGCUACAACCUGCCGGGAUCAUUCAUGUGCCAGUGUGAACAGGGCUAUGAGCUGGCUCCAGACCAGCUGAGCUGCCACGAUGUGGAUGAGUGCCUGCUGUCCUCCUACCUUUGUCAGUGGCAGUGUGUGAACCAGCCCAGUUCCUACAGCUGCAUCUGUCCUGAAGGAUACCAGCUGCAGGGAACACGCAUGUGCCAGGAUAUCAACGAGUGUGAAACGGGACCAAACUGCCGUGAGGACCAGGUGUGCUGGAACUACUUUGGAGGUUACCGCUGCUAUCCCAGAAACCCUUGCCAGGAGCCCUACGUCCAGGCCGGAGAGGGACGCUGCAGCUGUCAGUCCCUGAGCGCGUGCAGAGGAUUUCCUCCCUCCAUCGUCUAUAAGUACAUGAGCAUCACGUCAGACCGUUCUGUGCCGGCGGACAUCUUCCAGAUUCAGGCCACCAGCGUCUUCCCCAACAUGCACAACACAUUCAGGAUCAAAGCCGGCAACGAGGAGGGACAGUUCUUCCUCCGGCGGUCCAGUAACGUGAGCGGCAUGCUGGUGAUGACGCGUCCUCUGAUUGGUCCCAGAGAGCACGUCCUGGACCUAGAGAUGGUGACGCAGAACUCGGCUCUAAAUUAUCGAUCCAGCUCUCUGCUCCGCCUCACGAUCAUCGUUGGACCGUACGCCUUCUAGAGACUCCACAGACCUGCUUCCAGGACGAGUUCAGGGACCAGGAGAGCUUUAAGCUUUAAGAUUAAAGAUGGAAUCAAGUCUUAGUUUGAGAUGUCCAGAAAUAUAAUUGUGUGCUUAAUUAAAGAUGAUUUAAUGCCCAGUCACAACUACGUUAAAGAUUGAUGAUAUCUUUCCUGUCAAUCAUUUCUCUCAUUUAAAGAUUAAAGGUUUUCCACAGA